AGGGUGGAUGGGGAAGGAGGGUCACGUCUCGAAGCAUUUAGGUCAGGUUUUCUCUGUCACAUCUCCUACUUCUGCAGUGGAAACAAGUCACAGAUUUCCCAUCUUCCUUUGCCUCUGCGGUUGUCGUCUCUGGUUUUCCCCGAACCAUGGCUCUAAAAUCUAACCUGGGAAAUCUUCUCCUCUACUUUGGAUUGUAUGGGAUCUGUACAGGAUUUCUACAAGAGAACUGCACCAACUACAUGCAGCAGUUUGAAAGGGUUUACUCUGUUCCUGGAGAUGCAGCGAUGCUCAACAGCACUUUGGUGUCUCCGGACGUCUUCAACUACACCAGUGUCCCAUACAACAUCACCUGGUACAACUUACAGACUGGACAAGAAAUAAACAGCCAGAGGGGCCGGGUCCUCGUGAUGGGGGAGACCCUGUGGUUGCUUAAUUUAACAUUAGCAGAUGACGGAGAAUACCUGGUCAUACUAAGAACACCUGUCAGGUGCUACCAGCAGUCCAUCAUACUGGUGGUUGACCUUCCAUCCCCUGGAUUGUGUGGAAAACCACGAAAGAUCGAUCAAAUCCUAACAAAGGGAGUCAGCAACAAGCUGUCCUGCCCUCUGAAGGAUUACAUAAAUAAACUCAACAGUUACAACAUCAGCUCCACCCUCAGGUGGUACAGGGUGAGUUAUGGCAAAUUGCUCUAUUUUUCAUGUUGAACUUUAUCUUUACAAAAAUCCAC